AUGGCCAAGUUGCAAAAGACGCUGAAGCAACGACAACGACACGCCGUCCGCAACAGUGCGCAUGUCGCGAAGUUGACGCCAGCCGAAAUCCGGUCGCUUAAUAAUGGGGCCCUGGCCUCCAGAACCGGGAGUCAGUCCAGUGCCAAAUCGACUUCAUCUCCAGCCAGGUCGCGUCGUUCGACCAAUGCAACUCCUCCAGCAACUCCGGACGAACCUCCCGCAUACCAGCCACAGGCGCACAGAAACCCCGUCUCGCGAAACAACAGUUUCAGCAUCCCAACUCCCCCACACACUCCCAGCGGGCACCGACGCCCAUCGCAAUCCAGCACUCAUGGUCAUCACCAUCAUGGUCACGGCAUUUCUCAUGGCCACGCAAGCGGAGUCAUUCAUGCCCCUCGACCUCGCGGGUCAGUACAGGCUGCUUUCAUGUCCGGUAACGGUAUCUCAUCUCGCCCAUCAAGCUCUGGAUCCUCAACGUAUCGCGGCCUCCCGACAUAUCGCGGCCCUGAGGUGACGCGCACAGGCUCCGUAAACAUGCUCCAAUACCCUUCUCACCAGAUUGUCAACAAUCCCCUCUCGUACUUUUCCAGGCCGAGGCAGAGCCAAAUCAGCACAUCGCCGGAACUCGCGAAACGUGGAUCGAGUGACCAGAGCAUCGAGCAGGUGCAUAGUCUGCGAAACACACGUGCCAAUUCUCUGCCCAAUGUCAGCGCACCGUCAUCGAGGCAGCCCAGUCCACCCAGAUUGACCGACUCUCCCGUCUCGAUCAUCGUUGAUGGCACCCACAAGUUUCCGGCAUUCGAUGCUGCAGAUGACCCGCAUAAUCAGCCAAAAAUCCAGGGUGGCGAUGAAGAUGCUCAGAUCGAAACAGAAACAGCCGUUGUCGAAAGCCUGCCCAAGGCUACACCCACUGUAUCUGAUCCGAACCCCAAGGAUAUUCCUGUCCCAGAAUCCCCUAGGAAGGAGAAAGACAAGCAGAGGCGGUUCACAAUACACGCAGCACUGUUUGGGGGAGACAAACAUCACCAUGAAAGCCCGGAGAAGAAAUUGAAGAAACUAAGACGAAGGACCCUGUCUUUGCCCCAGGAUGAAGUUUCAACAGAACCCCCAAAGAAGGAACCUGUACCGGCCGCACCGCUUGGGGAGCCCGCCGCGGAUGGUGCGGCAGUCGAAAAUGGCGACUUCGCGACUCACCCGGUUGUUCGACCGCUGUCCUUGACGAUUCCAGACGGGCACAAAGGCAAAGAAAAGGAUAUCACUUCUGCUCCGGUCUACGCUCGUUGCUCCUGCUGCGGGAGGUUGAAACGGCCCCACGGCUUUAACAGCGAACUGAGCCCGGUCCUGGAGAAUGAAAAUCUGCGGACAAACUUCAGCUUUGAAAUAGAGCGGACAUCCGGUUCAUCUGCUAGAAGGAGUUCUGAUGCCAGCCGCGACAAAUUCACCCCGAUCUUACCGAUGCAAGUAGGGCAGAAUGAGACCCGACAAGCUAGUAUCGAGCCGUACAAUGGGCCGCCCGAGCCUCAACCCGAGCAGCUGCAGCACACUGGUGAAAUGGACAUGGAAAUUGCCGCGUCGAGUCCGGUACGGCAGCCCCUCCGGCAGAAGAAUGCGAGCCCAAUAAAAUUGAAGAGGAACUCUGCGCCUCCCGGCUUCGUCAGAUUUGCAAGUUUACAUGGGAAGCGAAAUGGAGGCACCGGCCCAAUUUUCGAAGAAGACGAAGAGCUCGAGCUCGAAGCCGACGAACACCAGCCAUUGAUGAUCGAGCAGACUGACAUGGAGGACUCUACCAUACAGACUCGAGAUUUUGCGACGAUGUCGCAAGCGGGAGCAGUAGACCACGAGAUUGCGAUGGACCGACCUGAUCUUCAAGUAUCAUCGGCAGCUCGAGCGAUUGUCGAACCUUUCUCGACGGCGGUCCCCAAUGACAUGCAACUCAUUACGACUGGUCUCAUGGAGAGAACGCCGCUUGAAAACCCCCUCGCGGUAGCCCGUUCUGAUACAUCCAUUACAUCAGCGCAAGGAAAAGCACCUGCAGGCGAAGAUCAGCCGUCUCGUCAGGAUAUCAGUCAGCUUUUGCACCGGGCCUCCAUUGUUGAUCAAUCUCAAGCAGAGCCGCCUGUAAGCGACGAAUCAGACGUGCUCGGAAAGGAGAGGCCUAGUCCGACAUCCACCACAGAGAGUCCGACUUCGACGACCACAACGACGACAGUGACAAUCAUCACACCGACUUCGGCCACCACCGCCACCUCCACCUCCAUGGCGACUUCGGUGGCGGCACCGUGGGAGCAAGAACUUUCCGCCUCGUAUCUAGGGGGCAACAAUGCGAUGGACCUGUCUCUGCGACCGAAAUUCAGCUUUGAGAGCAUGCGGAGCGCAAUCGAAGUGGCGGAGAAGGAGAAAGACAAGGAUCCAGCGAGCAAGGCGACGGGCAAGCGGAAGUCGGCGCUUCCGGGAUGGAUGGGUGUGAAGGCUUGA